CUUUCGCUCUCUCGCUCCUCCUUUUCUUUCUGAGUCUAAAUAUAAUAGAAAGAAACAUACAAAGAAAACCACUCUCCUUAGCUUCAUCACUCUCUUUAAACCUCUCUGUUUUCUUUUUGCCACUACUAAUUGCAUUAAGACAAGACAUGGGUUUUUCUCCUUGCACUGUGAUUUCCUCAUAAUUGCAUUCAGAUUCUCUCACCUUCGUUUUCAGCUACAGCUACAAGGUUAAACAGUUGAAGAAAAUACAACAGGGCAGACCAACUUCAGAGAAGGGGUGAUUUUGUGAUGGCCAAGGAACAACUGGAAGUGCUGAAUGCACUUGAUGUGGCGAAAACACAAUGGUACCAUUUCACAGCAAUUGUGAUUGCUGGCAUGGGCUUCUUCACAGAUGCCUAUGAUCUCUUCUGCAUUUCCCUUGUCACCAAAUUGAUUGGCCGCAUAUAUUAUCAACAACCUGGAGCUGCUGAGCCUGGAAGUUUGCCUUCAAAUGUCUCGGCUGCUGUUAAUGGUGUGGCCUUCUGCGGCACCCUCACAGGCCAGCUCUUCUUCGGCUGGCUUGGUGACAAAUUGGGCCGAAAACGAGUCUACGGCAUGGUCCUUAUGGUCAUGGUCAUAUGCUCAGUUGCAUCCGGCCUCUCAUUUGGGAGAGACGCCAAGGCUGUGGUUUCGACACUUUGCUUUUUCAGGUUCUGGCUAGGCUUUGGAAUUGGCGGCGACUAUCCUCUCUCAGCCACUAUCAUGUCUGAGUAUGCAAAUAAAAAGACCCGUGGUGCCUUCAUUGCUGCUGUGUUUGCCAUGCAAGGUUUUGGGAUUUUGGCUGGUGGAAUGGUUGCAAUUAUAGUAUCUGCAGCAUUCAAGCACAGUUUUCCUGCACCCUCUUAUGAAGCUGAUGCAGCUGCCUCUAUUUUCCCACAAGCCGAUUAUGUUUGGCGAAUUAUUUUGAUGUUUGGUGCACUCCCAGCUUUGCUUACUUAUUACUGGCGUGCCAAAAUGCCCGAAACUGCUCGGUACACUGCCUUGGUUGCCAAGAAUGCCAAGCAGGCUGCUGCUGAUAUGUCGAAAGUUUUGCAGGUUGAGGUAGAACCAGAGCAGGAGAAGAUAGAGCAACAAGGAGGGAAUGAUUUUGGUUUGUUUUCCAAAGACUUUCUUAGCCGCCAUGGCUGGCACUUGCUUGGAACUACCAGCACAUGGUUCUUGCUGGACAUUGCCUUCUACAGCCAGAAUCUAUUCCAAAAGGACAUCUUCAGUGCCAUUGGCUGGAUCCCAAAGGCAAAGACCAUGAGCGCUCUUGAAGAGGUCUUCAAAAUUGCCAGAGCACAAACUCUCAUUGCUCUCUGCAGCACAGUCCCCGGGUACUGGUUCACCGUGGCAUUCAUAGACAGGAUUGGAAGGUUCACAAUUCAAAUAAUGGGGUUUUUCUUCAUGACAGUCUUCAUGUUUGCCUUGGCCAUUCCUUACCAGCACUGGACUCUUAGAGAGAACCGAGUUGGGUUUGUUGUGAUGUACUCAUUGACCUUCUUCUUCUCCAAUUUCGGUCCAAAUGCCACGACAUUCGUGGUGCCUGCAGAGAUUUUCCCAGCAAGGCUGAGGUCCACAUGCCAUGGUAUAUCAGCUGCAGCAGGGAAGGCUGGGGCAAUUGUGGGUGCAUUUGGAUUUCAGUAUGCAGAAAAGGGUAUUGGGGUGAGGAACUGCCUCAUAAUUCUGGGUGUGGUUAACUUCCUAGGGCUGUUGUUUACAUUCUUGGUGCCUGAGUCAAAGGGAAGAUCACUGGAGGACCUGUCUGGUGAAGCAGAGCAAGAAAAUGCAGCUCCAUCAGAAUCAAGGCAGCAGGAGAUCGAAAGUGGCACAAGAACUGCUCCAGUUUAAUUAGGCUUUUUCUUUUCUUAUCAGAUUAUUAUAGCAUUGUUGUGUAGGAUUUUUCGAAUGUUUGAUCAUGUUGCUUUAUCUUCAUGCUCUGAGCCUGUUUAUUGUUUGUGGUAGCCUACGUUCCAAUUAAAAGUAAUUAAAAAGAAAGUUGGCUAAAUGCUCCUAA